AAGGAAGCCGUCGUUCACCCUAGCCUUUUGUUUCAUUUCAGAAAGUUACGUUCCUAAACAUUAAGAAAUUAUUUUAAAUUUAUGGUUUUUAGACAAAAUGUCAAGAGGCUCGGGACCUUUGUCGAAAUUCUACAAUGUGAUCAUUAACUCUUUAGAUCCACUCGUCCCCCAAUCAAUGCAACCGUUCUGGACUUCACCAGCAGGUCCCCGAACCGUAUUCUUUUGGGCGCCGUUAUUUAAAUGGGGCCUGGUGGUAGCUGGUCUUGGCGACACUUUGAGUCGGCCCGCCCAAAACGUCUCGCUGAACCAGUGCAUAUCCCUAGCAGCCACGGGCUUAAUUUGGUCACGCUACUCGGUGGUGAUAACACCAAAGAACUACAGCUUGCUGUCCGUCAACCUAGCCGUCUUCGUCAUCCAGAGUUUCCUAGUUGCCAAACACCUAAAGUGGCGCAUGGAAGGUGCCCAGAAGACAGUGUACAAUCAUUCGUCGUUUCCGUUUCGUUCGGAGGACGAUUGGUAACGAGCGAAAUGAUGUUCUUAAAGACAUUAUUUAAUUGAAAAUAUAAGAAAAUAAAGCACUCUUUACUUGGGUUUUUUACUUCUUGGUCAUGCCAAGGCUAAAUUUA